AUGCCAUCAAAAUUUACUCGACUUGAAAAUCUCAUUUUUCAUGGUAUCAAAUCAUUUUUUCUUGAUGCAAUUCUUAUGUCUUUACUUACCUUACCUUGUCUAUCGUCAUUAGUCAUCGAUUGUAUAGAUAAUGUUGAAAAUAAAAACGUUGUUUUUUAUCAAAUAUUUCGUUUACCUGUAUUAAAAUAUUGUAAAUUAUCAUUAAAUGAACCUUUUAGUCUUGGUUCAUUACCUAUUGCAACUACUGAAUUCAGUUCUAUUGAACAUCUUGUUAUUACAAAAUUAUUGCGACUCGACGAAUUGAAUGGUCUUUUAUCAUAUGUUCCUAAACUUCAUCUCUUAUCGAUUCAUCUUUCAAAUCGAUUUUCUGAAACAUAUCAACAACAGCAUUUUAUUCAUUUGAAUCAUUUGACACAUGUUUUUUUAAAUAUAACGAACAUGAAUUUCAAAGAAUUUGAAUUAAUAAUAAAAAAUUUAUUUAAUCGAGUUGAAGUUUUAUGUAUUACAUUAAAAGAUGAUUCAACAUAUUUAUAUGAAAAUCAAUGGAAACAAUUAAUUUUAUUUCAUAUGCAUCAUUUGCGAAUCUUUGAUAUUAUGAUUUCGUAUACUGCAGACUCUUCUGCAGAUAUAUUCAUAUCUAUCUCUCUAACUAAUCAUUUCAAGUCUCAAUUUUGGUUUGAACGAAGAUGGUUUUUUGAAUAUCAAAUUUAUAAUGACUUACUUGAUGGUUUUAUCUUUUAUUCAAUAAAUCCAUACAGAAGAAAAUCUUACUCAAUUUAUGAUGAAAGAGUCAUGAGCACCUCUUCAUUUCGUCCAAAAUGUAACAUAAAUCCAGUUCAAUUUGUUAAAAUUCAAGAGCAAGAAGAGAUAAUUAAUUGUAGAUAUUAUUUUCCAAAUGCUAUUGAACUUACUCUUUCAUAUUUUUAUGAAAAAAAAAAUCAAAACUUUCACUUAACCAGUUUUAAUAAUAUUAUUCCAUUAAAACAACUUACUAAAUUAGUCAUCCAUAUAUGCCCUGAUCGUUUUGUGGAAAUAAUUGAACUAUUACUUUUAUCACCUAAUAUUCAUACUUUCGAAAUUCAUUGUGAAUCACUUAAGUAUUUCGAUUUAAUAUCAAUUGAAAAUAGUGAAACAUUUCAAUUAUUAUCCAAAACAAAUAAUAUUAAAGAAAUUAUUAUUAUGUUAGAUUGUACAUUGGAAAUAACAAAAUUUUUUGUUAAUUUAUGUCUUCGAUUACAAUAUCUUACAAUGAAAAUUUCGAAUGAUAAUCUUCAAUUAGUUUUACCAUUUUUAUUCUCGAAAAGUAAUUAUAUUACACAUAAUUUAUUUUUAUUAUGUAUUAAAUAUAUGUCUAAUACUGAAUUCGAUAUACUGGAGAACUUUAUUGUAUUGCAGGAGUCGUUCGAUGUCUAUUUAACAAGAACAAAAGUUAAUCCAUACAAUAACGAUGUGUAUUUAUGGUGGUAA